AUGGCAGAAGAUUUCUCGGUGAUUGUAUUAGCUUCCGAUCUCGGAGUUGACGCGCGACCGUUCUUAACGAGGAGCGAUGAGGUCGAUGAGCAAGAGAACUGGCACGAUUGUGCUCAAUACCUCGGAGACGAAGAUUUCUCCGAUCUCGAUCUUCUUCAGUUCUUCACCCUCCAGGGCUUGGAUAAGUCCGGUAACCGGAUUUUCCGCAUCGUCGGGAAGUAUUUUCCUGGUAAUUUCACUGACUCUCUAUUCGCCUGUUCACACUUUAUCUUCCUAUGGUGGAGUGUGUGGAGAUUUAUUGUAGGUAUGAUAUUAGUUGAAGUGGGUCUUAAAGUAUUGUGA